AUGAUAACGAGAGGAGAUCUAGCAGACUACCUCGCACCAAAAGAGCAGGCAAGGAUGAGGGAAGCCAAUCCUCGGAAAGUAAAAGGAAGCCAAGUAAAGGUCAUCCAUGCGAUACAUGGGAGGUCAAAAGAAGACCAAGAGUCAGAGGAGGUAUACCGUUCCAGGUUAAGGGUAGCCCAUAAGCUAAGGAGGUUAUCCUUAGUUAACACUAUUGCUUCGGGCAGUAUUAAUUUUGGGUUCGGAGAUAGAGAUCUAUCCAGAGUUCAACUCCCCCAUGAAGAUCCACUUGUCAUUAGUCUUCUGGUAGCAAAUUACAUAAUCAAAAGAGUUUUAGUAGACCUAGGUAGUAGUGCCAAUAUUAUAACAAAGACAGUCUUUGAACAAUUAGAGAUCCCAUCAUCUUCAAUUCGGCCCACUUCCAGUCCAUUGAUGGGGUUCGAUGGGACGAAGGUGGACCCCAUUGGAGUAAUCGAUUUAUCUGUCACUGCUGCGAAAAGGACAUUGAAGGAAAAUUUUGUUCUGACAAAAAUCCAUCCUUCUUACAAUCUCAUUAUGGGAAGAGGUUGA